AUGAAGUGGGACCCUCCCAUGGCGCAUGCCUUGUAAGUCAGAUGGUUAAUGCAUUGGCUGUAAUAAGGCCUUUUUUACCGUCAUGGGUCCUAAUCCCACAGGGGCAACGAGGUUUUCACAGUUGGGUCAAACUGAAGACUGUAUUUCUUAGAUGAUGAACUAAGCGUUUUCAGGCAAAUUUAUUGAACAAAGUCCAACCGAGGUACAACAACUGCAUAUUGUUUCUGCUAUCAAGCAACUGAAACGUAAUCGACGAUGAACUCAAUUACAUACUACUUUUCUAAAAUACUAGCUCUAUUAGUUGGUGUUAGUUGGUACUAAAGUGGUAAAGGACAAACCAAUGAAUAUGUCUUCAUCUGAGAGUUUUUUAAAAUACCACUCUUCAAUUACAGUGGGGUUAUUAUCGCAUAUGAACUUCUCGCCAAAUGAUCGAGCAACGCCUGGCACAAUUAUAUCCAUGCGCCUUGUUUCUGCCCAAUUUUUGCGAAAAAAACUGUUGACUUAAUUUACGAUUUGAAACAUGUAAUUUGUUCGACACAUAGGGCCAAUGAGUGAGUUCAUGGAGCAGUCUUAAUUCAAUUGGUGGAAUUGAAAAUGUGAAAGCAUAAAUAGACCAGACGGCUUAUUAGAGUGCUUAUACUAGUUGUGAAUUGUUUAAGUGAGUUUUGCUUGCUGAAGUAUGCUACCUACAUUAUUCAAAACGGGCAACUUUAUUUUGCCCUAAUUUGACUACGUCCUUAUCUUCUGAACAUUUAAACCUUAGGCCGAGUAGUGCAAAAUUAAGUCUGUCCAUAAAUAAUGUAUAUAAAGUUGACGAAAUUUGUCCUAUGCAAAUUCAUGGUUUCUUCAUUAAGCUAGUUAAAAUACAGUUAUAGUCAAUCAGUUGAAAAAUGUAUCUUAACACGUUCAGGAAGGAUCGUUUACAGACAGAAGAAGGUGAACAAAUCUAACGUAACGCAUACUGACCUGUGAGAAUUGGUUCAUAAUGCAGAACGCGCGCAAGCUUUCUGUUUGACUUGUUGUUUAAAUGAAUUACUGUUUCCCUUGUCAGAAAACGGAUCCAGCAUUCGAUACAACUUCUCCGACGAGUACUCAAAAAGCGUUUACUUUUUUGGUUACCUCCGAAUAUGUUGUCCAAGAUGUCAUAAUGUGAUCAGAUGCACAAGAGGGUCAAUCAUAGAAAUAGUUCAGCAAUCCAACUUCGCUGCUUGCGAACGCUUAUUUCUGUCUUACCAGUAACUAACAAAAGUGAAAAUACCAGAAUUUUCAAGGUCCUUCUAUUCCUUUAGUUUCAGAAGCCUUUUUAGUCUCCUGAAUGUCAUGCGACAAGGCAUUAGAAAAUGAUCUUCUAAAGAUUGCAAACUGGUUGGAGUAUGCGUCAUGUUCCAUAUAGACUGUUUCUGUUACUACAAGUCAACUGUAAUAUGUGUCUCUUAUUCUCCUCCCGUAUCCCUCACUACAAGCAGACGUCCAGUUCGUUCUUUUUCAAGCGGUUUUUCUUCAAUCCAGAACAUCUUCUUCCCCGAAAACGAAACAUUUAAGGCAACGUCACUGUUUUGCGAAAUAACAGCAAGCGAAUCAAAUUUUUUAAAUCGGCCAUCACCUGUCAUUUGCCUAUUUUAUUUUCAGUCCAACGACCAAUAUGACAGUUUGCAUGCUGACAAUUCUCCUCGCUUUCCUCACCAACCUCAUGCAUGCGAUGCCCCACGUGAGAAAUGAACUCUACCCCUUCGGCAUGGAGGAGGGUCUGACCGAACAAGACGCCGACUCAAUACCCUUCAUAGACUUCCCACAUGGUAAGUCUUCGCCAAACCCGCUAGGAUUGUUGGAUUCUCUACGGACAAACAAACAAUCAUCACAGGUGGCGAGAACCAUUAUUUGUCAUUUACAAAGCGUAACCGAUCUCAUGAAACGGCCUUUUUCAUGACUGAGAAGGACUAAUAAGGUGGCGUUGUAAUAUAAAUUGUCAUCUGGCAUAAUCCUAAGGUAUUUCGUACUCCCCAAGAUGUCGGCUUUUGAAUGUAUUUCUUCCCGACCUCCGGCAGAAACUGUCCUCGGCAAAAAAUGACCACUUACGUAGCAUGAAGUUUUCACAUUGAUUUUCGAUGGUCGUAGGAAUUCAAAUAUAUUGUAUAGAAAACAUGCCCAAAAUAUGCUUUCUUUUAUUUGUUUGGUAGAGAAUCACGUUGCCUUCACAUUUUAUAUCCGAAAAAGUGUAAAUGUAUGUUUUUCAAAAGUGUCCUAAUUCCCAAAUAAUUUUGAGCUUGAUAAGCCGUUACGUUAGUGUUUAGCGGUUUCAGUCUACAAAUAGCAAGCGCUCCGCAUAAGGAAAAUCAUAUAUUCCUCUAUGCCUUUAAGAAGUUACUAUAUAGAGUUCAUAAAAAAUUACAAUGGAUACGGGCUGUGUUGCAUACUUCACGGGGAACAUUUAUGAGCCGACAUGUGCGAUGCUGUAUGUAAGGGCAUUGCACUGUCUUAAAAACCUUAUAAUUAGAAACCUUUGUGAAACCGAAAGAUAACCUUUCUUAGGGUAUAAAAUAUAAUGAAAAUGUGAUUUUCUACCAAACAAAUAAAAGAAAGUAUAUUUUUUGUGCGUGUUUCCUAUACAAUAAAUUUGAAUCCUUACGACCAUCGAAAAUCAAUGGAAAAAAUGUACGCUACAUAAGUAGUCAUUUUUACUGAGCACGGUUUCUGUGGAAGGUCAGAAAGAAGAGCAUUCAAAAGCCGACAUCCUACUGAGUCCGAAAUACCAGAGGACUGGGGCAUAAAAUAAUUAAUAUUACAACGCCACCUUAUUAAUCCUUCCUAGUCGAAAACGCAUUUCAGAAUUUCGGCCGACAUUUCAUGAGAUCGGCCACGCACUGUAUACGCCAGUGUUGUCUGAUGGCGAUGCAAGUCAUAAUUAAAACGGGUAUGGGCGGAGCUAUGAGUUUUCGUGUUUACUAUCUGUUUCUGGAACGACGUCCAGUGGACAGGUUACGGAGCGCACACAUUAGGAUACGCUUUGAGGCCUAAUCUAAAGCCUUCGUAAGCGCUAACAUGAUGACCAAUAAUUAUUCAAAAAGGAGUGUUGAUAGGUGCGAGGGAGAUCGGAAAGACCGUUUCUGACUUAGCAGCCGUCGUCAGCAAGUCACGCCCAGCCCCAGUUCUGGAAAAGCUGGGAUUUUAAUUGUUGUGCCUAACAACCCCCUUUUUAUAAAAUUAACUUUUAGCAGGUUGCCAGGAAGGCGGUCAUUCAAAGCCGACAUCCUCACCUGACUGAAAUAUCUUGUGACUGUUGCGAGAUAAUUACUACCACAUGCCUACUUAAGUGCCCCUUUAUAAUAGAAAGCAGUUUUCAAAACUUUGGCCAAGAUUCUGCGUUUUUAUGCGCCGUCGCCGACUUGCCUGACGAUAGAACAGCAUAGUGAAAUGUGUAGACAGUGGGGGCUGGAAAACUAGAGUGAAUAUCUACAAAUCCGGGUUAUUAUCAGUGAACAUUUUACCCAGGUCAAUGAUGCUGGUUAUUCCAGUGAUUUAAACAUAAAAUUAUAAUCUAAAUUCAACGGGCCAUUUACAGAGGGGAAUAUAACUAAUGGGCCUUCAUAGAGUUAAGAUUAAGGUUAUUUCAGUACGGUACUCGACGUACUUCCGGAGCGCUGAGAACUGACGAAAACCCUGAAAUACUGUCUGACAUUUUGGGCGGCUAAAUUGCAUCUGCCUUUAACGUGUAUGCGCGCGCGUGGAGGAGGAGAGCUGAUUGAAAUCGUUCCGUGACCGUUUGCGUUAGUAAUAAAUGACUUGUCAUGAAAGCAUGGUUGAAUAAAAGAUAUAAAUGCUCCCGUAUUCUUCAACGUUGGUCUUGUUUCACAGUGACUCACCGACUUCAUAUGCAAGAGAGGGGGCGAGAUCAACAAUGUAACCGACUGACAACUGUUUGCAUCCGUUCAGACAGGUUUUGCAUUUAGUAGCAAGCCACUACGCACGUACUGUUCUUUCUCGCACAUGAGCUCUUUGAAGUCUGAUUUAAUCCCAAUGCACGUUCUAUGUUCCCACAUAGUAUUUAUGCGGAAGCUACGUCAAUAUCGCGCACAUUAACACAUCUUGACGAAAAUGAGAAUCCUGAAAUCAUAGUUAAGAAAGAAAUAGAAUUUUGAAAAUUUAACUAGCAAGAUGGCCUCAAGGCGAUUUGCUUUUUAUUUCAUUGCAGAAGUUUCGGCAAAAUUAGUACAAAGAUACUCAUACUUACGAAGUCAUAAACAAUGUGAAACGCUAUUCUCACCUUCUUGUAUAAAAAUAGCAUGCAGACAUAUACAUCUUCCCGCCCCUUUCUAUAAAUAUCAGCAAGGAGAAAAACGUAGCAGUAGUUUACAGCCUUUCUGCACAUUUGUGAUGCCGUCUAGAGUCAACGAACUGUAAAAAAGAUGCAUCAAACUCCCCUUUUUUGCUCUCAUUUUUCAGCCGGCAAUAUCACCCCUAAAUGUUGUUUCUAAAGGAGUUAUUUUGUCUUUCAGAGUCACUUAGUGUUAUUUUCAUCCAACAAAGUAUUUCGCAAACUCCAGAAAACACUUUGCACUAUAUAGAAACCUACUUGACAUUUUACACGUAAGCUUUACAAAUUGAUCGAAAAAUCGGACCAUGUCUAACAGUAUAGAGUUUAGGCAGACGAUACCCGGUGAAAUUAUCCUCCUCAUCCGUAUGCAGCCAUUUCCAAGAGAUAUCUAUAGUCUUCUGCGAAUACCGAAAGGGCGAUGCAAAAAAUCAUUUUAAAAUAAACGUUUCUUCAGAUGGACAGUUGUCAGACAAGUCAGGAGUAUGCAAUAUCUGACGAACGUCGGUUGCUGUCAGAAGACGAAGGAUUUGUUGUUUCUGCCUUAAGCCACCUAGCUAAUUAUUCAAAUAUUUCUGCAGUCUGCUGUUGGGAAUGUCUUUUGCUUGCAAUUGUUAUUUAUGACGGACAGCUUCAAAGUCCGAGCCCGUCUUUCGAUUCGACAGUAUUCGGGAGAAAUGUCUGAGUAAUCUGCAAGUGAUCAAGGAAUAUUAUUUAGCACCUGAGCUGGGGAAGUGUUUAAGGCAAAGGUUGGGUUUUCUAGAAUGGUGUUGACGUUAAAUGACGAAUUUUUGUCCACUUAAAUGUGCACGGAAACGAAUACCUAGUAAAAAACCUCACUAGAAGAACGAGUAUUUCUCAAACAACGCACGUCCUGUUAACUAGUGAUGUAGAUGAAUAUGCUGACGAUGAGGUUGUAAAUCUUACCUGGUUGGAUCAGAUAACCUAGCAAUGUCGUUCUAGCCUCGCGACUCUGGUUUAUGGAUGGCCAUUAUCCUGUUUAUUAUAGGUACUCGUAGGUUACGUAAGACCUCAUGAAGUUUCAGAAAAACAGAAGAUAGGUUUUGCAUGUAAAUAUACUGGCUGUCGUUGGAGACGUAUACACUUUCUGUUGCAAACGCCGUUGGUGUUAGAUUUUUAUUAAUGUCAUCCAGCUAAUGGAGUUUAAAUCUUGUUGUUAAUACACUGUGCUCACAAAGGAAGUUUAUUAGGUAGAUGCUGGUUUGGGCCCCUUCAUGGAGAAAAGAAUUUGGUAAUACGUGGCCAGCUUUCUGCCACUGCUAUAUAUUUGAUGGUGUACAUAAGAUAGCCUAAUGAGGACGCAAAGAUGCAACAAAGAUAACGGUUCAUUCCAAAAUUAUCACAAACUGCAUCGAUGUUUUGAGCAGCAGAGCCUGAUUAGACCUUUGAAGUGGAGUGAAAAAACAAAGGCGUAGAGGCUGACUUUGAAAAAGGACUGAACUGAAAAGCACAAACUUAAAUAUCAAGCCAUUUAUCUGGAGCGCAUAAUUAAACUCAUGAAGCAUUAUCAGCAAUUUACUAGAGGCUGCUAAUUAGUUAGAUGAUUUUCAAAAAAACUGUCCCUCGCGAGAUGAAAUGCAGCAGCAGUUUGUACACGGGGCGUGCUGGCUUUUAAAGAAUCACCUACACACAUCGUUAUGAAUCACAUUCUGAAAAACGUUUGCUUCGUAACUAGUAUCAUCUCAAUCCCUUGUACGUAUUUAAUUCUGGUAAUUGGGAGAGGUACGAAAUGCUUCUUUUACUUUGACUGCCGUCACUGGUAUGUUCUGCAUCCAUAUCGUGAAAGUUGUAUGUUUUCGGGGCUUUCAAACGUCACGUCAUGUACUUCCUCUAAAACAUACUUAAAAAGCUCAACGUUCAUUUAUAAAGACACCUUCUGAUGCUUGAGGGGUUGGUGUCUUGAACCAGCAAAUUCCGUUCUAAAUUCCAAAAUGUGGUUUUGGUUCAAAGAAAGUGCUUAAGUGAGGCCACGAGAGCGAUAAGCCUGGUUCGCAGCUGAAUAGUGUUUAAUACACGUAGGAAUACAGUGUUUCGAGCGGGAAUUAUCCCGGCCACUGAGAUAAAUUACGCUCACAGAAAUAUUUGCAAAAACUAGUGGGUAAUAUUUCUGUCGAUUUUAAAUGUCUGCCUAAAAUUCAGUCGUUGCAUGCAUGAGACAUUAAAUAAGGCUAUUUUAUGCCUCCUUCGUAAAGAAUGAUUUUCAAAUUUGAAUUCGAUAAGCGCACGUUCUAUCGUUCCACAACCAGUUAGGUCGUGAAUACAUAUCCUACAGGGGUACAAAUUUAAAAUCUGAUGCAAUUGUCGCUCCUUUCAUUUUAUAAGUCUUUGAACCUCGACCUAAGUUUGCCAGCGUGUUCGAGUUUACACAUUAAGUGUAGUAUAUUUCUUAUUGCGAAAAAUUUCACAUUAUUAUUGUGUUGGCAUAAAGCGCAUUUGUUUUUUGUAUUGAAAUUCGUCAGAGAUAUGGAUAAUACGGUUUACUUUAAAAUAUCUAAACAGUUAUUAUUCUUACUCAAAAUACUCCUGAUCAACAAAAUGUAUUUAAACUGGCAAAACGCCCUUCUCACUAACAUUGUAGUUUGAGUUAGAAUUAUUUUUUGCAUAUCCUCAGCAAUAUAUGACUGCAUACAAACAGGCAUUGAGUAUGGAUAAAACGAUACACAUUUAUUAGUAAUUAGCUUAAAAAAUAUGGUUCUUCUCAAUGAUCGACAAUACCUACAAGUAAAACGGCAAUGCUAGGCGUAAGAAGUGUCUUUGUAUGGCCUUUCAACGGCAGUGGUUCAAGUUAUAUGAGCCGUGGAUAUCACUGGUAGACUGGAAAACUUUAAAUCAUCACAAUUACGCAAUUUAUAAAUGAGACAUUCACCCCUUCCUAAAGAAAACGCUUAGGAAGGAUGCCACUUUUCGCAAUUAGUCAAAAUUGGUUAGGAGCUCAUUGUGUUAAAGGGACUAUCCUUAUAUAAAAGUUACAAAGACGCCUGGAGAAAUCAUCGUGUAAUUAUCAGAGUGCCAACGUGAUGUAAUUCCGUCUAUUGCUAUUCAGCUUUUUAAAAUCACUCAAGUAGCACUUGAUAAUAUAGGACGAAUCAGACAAUUCUGGCCAAUGCUGAACAAGAUUUGGUGUUUACUCUAUCAGGAAACUGCUUUGAGUCACCUCAGCACACGUUUUAGCUGGGUGCGUCUAUUACUUAUUAUCUAUUUUUGAACUGACAGCCGGAAAGGAACAGGCAAAACGCCUCCCGCCUCAUUUUCUCCGACAAAGCUCGCUGAGUUUCCUCCGCCUGACAAAGUGUGCCGAACCCGUUGGCAGAUUUUGCUCUGAAUUACUACUUUAAAGACAUCACCUAAACUUCAUGGACAGGCACGUGUUUACAGGGAUGCUCUCCUGUUUCCCAGGCUUUAACUCAAGAACUAACUACUGUUCUGCAUAAGUAAACCGUGCAUAUAAAUGGGUUUUUGUCGGAAAAUCUAAAAGCAGAGGAAAGAAUUGCCUUUUACUGCUUAAAUGCAGCCCUUGCUCGAGAUAGAGCUAAUGAAAACAAGUAGACCCUAGUAAACCUAAUGAUCAUCCUUGAAAUCGCUGCAGGUUCAUAAUGAUACGCAUUUACAGUGUGUGCUGUAAAUCACAAAAUUCAGACUCACAAGGCCAAGUGUGUUGUCGAAUAAACAAGAACUUGCUGAAGUGCAAUGAAAAUAUUUCGUUUUUCGGAAAUUUCUUCUCUCAGUUUGCCAUGGUUUUAAUGAGAGCGCAUUAUUAAGGUCUUCUUAACAUUCAUAGGGACUAAGAUAUACGUUUUGCAUAAAAGUGAACAAAAUACGUCGUUCGUAGGUAUGAUUUUUAAAAACUAGAGGUUAAUUUCUGCAAGCAUCGAAAGCAGACAGAAAUACCGCGCAUGACGAUUUUAUAAUGAGUUCAUUUUGUAAUCGGAGUGGUACACAUGCUGCAUUAGGAUUGCGCAAUUAUAUUUCACUGUUUUUCCCACACGUGUGUCUGUCAGUAGUUCCUACAUAGUUCCAAAUCUUUUACAUAUUUUCCAAUGAAAAAACAGCCUUUCAUGGACAACGAUGAUUAACAGGAAGGCAUGUUCUGUAAACUACAAGCCAACCACCGUUUAAUUUCCCAUUUAUUUAUUUAGUUUGAGUCAAUCGCAGCGUAUUACAAAAUAAAAACAUGGUCAUUGCGUGAGCGGGACUGGAAGGCAUUUAGUAUUUGAUAUCAAAAAAGACAUUCAAAAUCAAAACCCCCACGCUACUUCGUCGAAACUACCAGAAAACAAAUCGUGAAACCUUACGAAGGUCUGGGUUUCUAGGCUGUUUUAAAUGACUGUAUAAAUAUUAGAUUUUUUACAUUUACAUAAGAUUGCCGAAAAAUUCAUUUCUAUUUCAUAGAAUACACGCACAACAUAUCCCAUUCUGCAUUUAUCAGAUAGUAAAUAACGUCUUUUAAAAUUCCAUACUCGAGGUAAAUGUUUCUUUUGAUUUAAAAUGCUCCAGUUAUACGGUUUCUAAGUCCGUUAAACUUCCAUUCAAUUAACAUCUUAUACCUCCGUUUAUUAAUGCUGUACAUGCAGUUUGCAACAGAUUUCAUAUUCAUUGUAAACCUUUUUGAGCCAUGUCCGGAAUUUAUACAUCUCCUGGACUUGAAGUUCUAAAAGCAAAUGCAAUGACAAACCGGAUUCAAAAUUAUUCCUGAAUCAAAGGACUUUCCGAAAAUAAAUAAACCUUUUUUUGCGUAUUCCGUUUAAAAAGGAGUGUUUGCCUCUUCAGUGGGUGCAGUAAAAAGCUUUUUUAUUCACGCUUUAUGCACGCUGCAUUUAGACUUAUAAGGACGCCGAAAUCGGUUUACAAAAUAAAUACUAUGUGACUAGUCAUUAUUUUUCGAGUGCGGUAUGCGCAAAUGGGCGGAAGUAUGUGCUUCAAAAUACAGCACUUUAGCAUAGACGGAACAUUUCAGGCUUUAUGUUGUGUGAUACCUAAUAUAACAAACCAGCCUAAAUAAUCCUUCCCACUAAAACUUGCAUUUCAAAAUUACAAUUAUCAUUUAAUGAGAUCGAUUACUGACCGGGACUGUAAAGGUACAUCUGUUUACUUAAUUCUGAAAUUUAAUCUAGAUCUUCAAAAUUCUAACCUCCUUCAUGCAGACGCUGGCUGACUUUACAUUCACAUAGAAUAAAUUAUUUCCUUGGCCAAUCAAAGAAUAGUUUUCUUCAGUCCGAAGUAACAUGAGUUGCAGAACAAUAACGCAUCGAUCAGUUGUGGUAGGGUGUGGUAUCCAGCAAAUUUAAACCUCUCCUGGUGCGAUGGGGGCGAAUGCAAAAAACAACAACGAAAAUGGGACGAGAGGUCUGCGAAGAUGAGAAGGAAGGCGAGUGAAAUAAAGCAGAAAACAUAAGUAUGCGGGUGACGGAAUCGCCUACCCGUCAUUGACUAUUGAUUCCGGGAAUGAUGUAGUCAUUUUCGCUAACAAGAGAUUGCACAGCGCAGAUGUGUGGUUAAAAAAGUCAUUUUUGUCUACAUUACUGUUCCUUUCUCUGCUUUAGGAUCUUCUCUGGACAAGAGGCGAUUUCGGCGUAUCCGAGCCAUCCGAGGCGGUUUUGAUUCUGGGCCUUACCCCUUCCAUAGUAGGGGCUACUAA